AAAAAGGCAGGUCAAGGAAACGUUAGCACUCAGCGCUGCGGGCUACGCAGCCAAUGAUUUUAUUUUGCAGGGCGGGCGAAGAGGGUCCCGGCGGCUCGGCCUGGCGAGUGGAGUGAAGGGCCCUCCACUUCAACCUCAGGACGGGAUUCCUUCUCCAGAGGCGACGAGAAGAAAGAGCAGAGCGUCCCUUCUACAAUCUGUGCGGGUGGGGAAGUAAAUGUAAUGUACUUCCGGGUAGCAUUCAUCGGGGCUGCAGAGACAUUUUUAGGGGAAAGAAUAAACCAGAUUUUAUGGCUGCAUCAAGAAAAGUGGCGACUUUCCGUCUCCCACCUCUUCCAACAAUUGGAGAGAUUAUUAAACUGUUUAAACUUCGAGCUUUAAAACAUCUCUCUCAGAACUUCCUUCUGGACCUGAGGCUUAGUGAUAAGAUCGUGAGACAUGCUGGCAAUCUGAAAGGCGCCCAUGUGUGUGAGGUGGGCCCUGGUCCAGGAGCACUUACACGACCUAUCUUGAAUGCUGGUGUUGCAGAACUCCUGUUAAUUGAGAAAGAUCCUCGCUUUAUUCCAGGGCUGCAGAUGCUGUCUGAGGCAGCUCCAGGAAAACUUCAUAUUAUUCAUGGAGACAUUUUGACAUAUAAUUUGGCGAAUGCUUUUCCACAGCAUCUUAAAAAGAAAUGGGAAGAUGAUCCUCCUAAAAUACAUAUUAUUGGAAAUCUACCUUUCAGUGUUUCAACCCCGCUAAUAAUCAAGUGGCUUGAGAAUAUAUCUGAAAGGAGCGGCCCAUUUAGUUAUGGUAGGACACAGUUGACUCUAACGUUUCAGAAGGAAGUAGGGGAGAGGCUGACAGCUUGUACAGGAUCCAGGCAGCGUAGCAGACUUUCUAUUAUGUCUCAGUAUCUGUGCACAGUCCACAAUUGUUUUACAAUUCCUGGCCAAGCUUUUGUUCCCAAGCCAGAGGUGGAUGUCACUAUCAUUCAUUUUACACCGUUGGUGCAACCAAAGAUAGAACAGCCCUUUAAGCUGGUAGAGAAAGUUGUUCAAAAUGUUUUUCAGUUCAGAAGAAAAUACUGUCAUCAGGGAAUACAAAUCUUGUUUCCUGAAGCAGAACGUUUGAAAAAAGCUGAACAGAUGCUCAUGGAAGCUGAUGUUGAUCCAACUCUGCGUCCAUCUCAACUUUCUAUGUUUCAUUUUAAAAACCUUUGUAAUGUGUAUAGGAAAAUGUGUGAUGAAGAUCCAAAUCUGUUUGCUUACAACUUCCGGGAGGAACUGAGAGAUAGGAAAAGGAAGAAUAACAGCAAUCUGAAAGUGACUGAGGAUGACAGUUUGUUUUAGCUAACUUUUAAGUGUUACCUAAGCAGAAAGUGGGUAACCCUUUCUACUACAUGAGUAAAUUAUUUCAGCGAGUGAGUAUAUUCUCCUAUCUGUCUGGAGUGAAGCAUAUUUGAAACGAAUGUGAGCGGGACAGAAGAUGAGCAUCAGGAUUACAGAACAAAUACAGGUUUUGCUGUCUUCCCAAUGCUGGAAUAGCCUACCUACUUUGCAGCAUAAACAAGGAUAAAGUGAGCAGAAGCCUAAAUAUCCAUAUGUUUAACUUGGUAAAAAAGGCAAAACACAACAAACAUUCUACUGAAUUUGUCAUUUUAUUGUACAGGUUUGUAGAGAAAAUAAAAAAUACAAUAAAAUAA